AUGCCGGCGGAAGGCAGCAAGAUGCAGCUGAAGGCGUAUAGGCUGCUGCAGCCGGUGCCGCUCCCUGCAGACUCGACGCACCUACUACCCCGGGACACGCUCUCGGAGGGAUUUGUCAAUCGUACACUAUUCGAGAUACUGUGUCGAAAAGCAGGAGCAACAGACCCAGACAAGUCGAGCAUUUACGGCUAUCUCUCGAAGGUGCCUCCGAGUAGUAGCAGUAGUCAGGAAGGUCCUUCGAGCCGGUGGAUGAAGGGCUGGUCACAGCAGCAGGAGGAGUUGAUGCUACCCGUUAGAGUCGUACGCCUUCUACCCUUCCCACAAAGCCUGCCUGGAGAAGUGGAGAGAGCGUGCUUUGCGGCGCCCGAGGCAUCCAUGGCGCUACAUUUGCCUCCUACAAUACUCACAGCCUUGCACCUUACUGUGGGACGGUCGAAGGUGUCUUGCCGGCCGAGCACUAAGCCACCGUUGAAGGCUAAGAGCGUACAGAUGGUCGAGGUGGCGUUUGGACCGCUCGGCCAGCGUGAUCGUUCGCUCCAAUCUCGUGCACUUGGUGAGUUCCUCAAGGUCCCACGGCUGAUGAAGGUGGAUGAGCUUUUCGGGGUACCAGCAUGGGGGGUCAGACGCGGCCUGUGUGGUAUGGAAGGUGUUGAUGUCACUAGCUUGAGAGAAGAGGACGCCUAUGAUUUAUUCGAUACAAGUGCUUCGGAAGCCGCCCCUCGUGAUUGGUUUAGCCCACAUCGGCGACUCCAACGUGCUCGAGCUCAUCCGGUAUACGGUACCGCUUUCGUUGACAUGAUAUACUUCCGAGUGACAAGCGCUACUUUGGAGAAUGGCCAGUCGGCGGCCACAGAUGGUUUGAGUUUUUAUAUGAGUUCCAGAGAUACGGAAGUGAUCAUGCGGACGAGCGAGCCUCGGGGUCUAGACAAGUGCUGGGGCAGUAUACCGCUGCUGCCCGCCUUCUUCACAGCAACUCCUCGCUCACUAGGCAUGCUACCGCAGCUAGCUGCCAUAUCGAGGGAGAUCAUAGCCGCUCUGUCGGUGGGCAACAUGGUCCUUGUCACAGGGGACAGAGGAAGUGGCAAGAUAUGCUGCAUUCGCGAGGCAUCGAACUGUAUGGGUCUGUCUGUCGGCGUCAUCACCUGUGGAGUGGAGGCUAAUACCGUCGCUGAUAUCUUCCCUAUAGUGGAAUCCCUCGUGAAAGGGAGUUCUGCACAGUCGGGGAAAACUCCAGGAGCAGUGGUGCUUCUAAGGAAUAUAACGGAGCUCUUUCCCACUGCAGCUGAGGCUUCACAGGAAGAGGUCAACAGGACCGGUCGUGUCAUCUCGGGUUCUCUCAAGGCUGUACGGGACAAGCUGCUCGACUACGGCGUCCUUCUUGCCGCUACAGCGACCAACGUAGACGAUCUUGACCGAGAGGUGGUGGACCUAUUCGAAUCGCAUGUCAACUUGGUACGAGCUGAUGAUGCCAUGCGUGAGGAAGUGAUCGAGCGGAUGCUGAGGGCCACUCAGCUUAGUCUACCUUUGAAUCCUCGAUUGAUAAAGGAAGGCACGGCUGGCCUUUCUAUUGGAGAUGUCCUUAAUGCUCUCACGAUGCUCACAUUGCUACCCGAGGGUUCUGAGGAGGCAGCAGCUCGAAAGGCGUUGAAGGAGUUUCAACAACGGCAGUCGGGCUCUGCUGCUACCGUCAUGAGCGGGGUUAAAGUCCAUUGGGACGACGUGGGCGGCAUGGACGAGGCGAAGCGAGAGCUCAGGCAUUUGUUAUCUUCGAUGGAGGCGAGGAAGCAAGGGAGUACCAGACGGCAGAAAUUGCGGACUGGAAUACUCCUGUUUGGCCCACCGGGUACGGGUAAGACCUUGUUGGCUAAGGCCGUCGCUACGGAGUCUCGUGCCUCCUUCUUGAGCGUUAAAGGUCCCGAACUGCUCAGCAUGUACAUUGGAGAGAGCGAGAAGAACGUCCGUGAUGUGUUCCAACGAGCUUUAGAGAGUCGGCCUAGCGUGGUAUUCUUCGACGAGGUGGACUCGCUUGCUCCACAUCGUGGUCGAGGAAGCGACAGUGGAGGCGUGAUGGAUCGUGUGGUUGCCAGCCUCUUGGCUGAGAUCGAUAACUUGCCUCCAGACGUUAUAGUGAUUGCGGCCAGCAACAGACCGGACCUGCUUGAUCGGGCACUCCUAAGGCCCGGCCGGCUUGACAGACAAGUUUAUCUAGGAGUACCAGACGACAAGCUACCGUUACUUGAGGCUAUCACAGCGCACAUGACACUGUCGGAUGAGAUGAAGGACUCGCUGAGGCAGAUGGCCGAGUUGGUGCCGGCAACCUUCACAGGUGCCGACAUUGCGGGGGCCUGCAGAGCGGCUCACAUCAAAGCCGUCAAGAGACAAGCCGCCGAAUUGGAUCUCAUCGCGAAAACGCUGGCUCCUGCUAGAGCUGCGACAGCAGUCCGAGAACUCCAACUGUUGAUUGGUGAAUACAAAUCGCAGAGUCAACAGCCGCCGUCCCAGGAGGAGGAAGAUUGCGCUUGCUCUGUGGACACUGUGGAUGAAGAUGUCUGCAGUGGCCCCCCGAACUACCUCAGGGCAGGUACAUGCCACAAGUGUGGCUCACAAUGCCUCUAUGUCGAAUCAGGAGAGCUGGUCAAAGUGAAGGGAGGCGUUCACAGUUUAUUAACGGUUACUGUCAGCUUGAACGACUUCAGAGAUGCAUUGGCUGGCAUGUCCCCUAGUGUCACAUCAAAGGAACUCGGUCGAUAUGAACGAAUGCGCCGAGAGUUUGCUAAUGUGUAAUUUUUCUACCGCAGUG